UUAUGGUGCAUUCAAGGUUCCUCGUAAACUUUAGUUUAAGACAUAUCAAACGCAUUGGAUUAGAAAUUUCUGUAAUGGGACCCGCCUGCUCUUAGUGACCCAGUCUAGGUUUUUCGUGGUUACCAUUCUUUGUCAAAACAGCGUAUUCUUUAAAAGGUAGAUAUCUGUGUUAGUAAAACCGUUAGCUCAUAUUGACCGAUAACUUCCGGGGCUGGUGAAGGCAACUGACGUCACACAAAUGGCGGACGUUGUAAACAGAGCCAGCAGCUUCUCGGCCAGGGUGAAAUAUCUCUUUUUAAGAUGAACAGCAUAGAGUGUGAGCGGCUAGACAGUCUGGAGGGGUGGGUGGCCGUUAAAAGCAACAUAUUUGAGGAAGAUGAGGCCUUUAAACUGGGCUUCAUCGUACAGUGGAACGUCAUCGAGUGUAAGUUCGCCGUCACCUGCCAUAACCGGACGUUACAGCGGCAGAAGCGCAAAUCCGAGCCUGCCGCCGACGACCCUCAGAUGAGCUGGGCAGGACUCUUCUCCGUCAGCGAUCUGAAGCACGUCCACCAGCAGUUCACCUGCGUGGCCGACGUCCUGGGAGGCUGCUUCCCGGAUUUGACGGAGUUUGAAGAGGGCAACAUUUGGGACUUGCUCUUCCUGAAUAGGAGAUCAGGUCCAGACAAUGACGAGGAGAGGGACUAUGACACCCCGUGUAGGAAACUCGAGAAGUAUUUCAGCACCGCUAUUGACCUCUGCGGACGGAAGAUCGUUCUCGACACCUUGUUCGCACAGGAUGACCGAGAUGUCGAGGAGUACUUUGAGAAUUUACAGGAGUUCAAAAAGAAAAGCUUGCAGGAGGAGAUGUCAAGGGCCAAGGGUCACCUGAGACAGCUGCUACAAAGUCACAGCGGUGCUGACAGGAUGGUCAUGCUGCUCAGCAUCUACGAGGAAGAAGACGAGGCCUACCAGGACCUGGCGACUGUCGCCACGACUUUCUUCCAGUACCUGCUUCAGCCUUUCAGGGACAUGAGAGAGCUGGCCUGCCUUUACAAGAUGGACAUCCUUAAGUCUUUGGAGUUUGAGGAACUGGGUCCUAAGAGAAUUGCAGCUCUGGAAAAGGAGGCGGAGGAGUGGAGAAAAAAAGCAGAGGAUGCAGUCGCCUCGAUUCAGGACAUCACUGUCACCUACUUUGCACAGACUUCAAAGGCUCUGGCUGGUAUGGUGAAACAGAUGGAAGAGGAUAAGUGUCGUUUUGGACCCGCUGCCUGGGCGUCAGCGGCUCCCAGGCUGGAAAAACUCCGUUUCCUAUUGGCCAAAGAAACCCUGCAGCACAUGAGAGCCACCGAGAUGUGCCUCAGCCGCAAGAAAGACAGCAUCAAGGAGAGGCUGGAGAACCUCUCUGUGAGAGCCCAAGGCCAGAGGGCCGAUUUAAGGUCUGCGUUUGAGGACGGCCAGAAGCAGGACACUGUGGACCAGCUGGAACUGCAGUUCUACGAAACCCAGCUAGAACUCUACGACGCCAAGUUUGAAAUCCUGAAAAAUGAAGAGCAGCUCCUGGUGGCUCAGAUAGACACCCUGAGACGACAGAUUAAAGAGCUGAAGGAGGAGGUGGUGUACUACGAUGUGUGCGAGGAUCCAGAGGAGUUGCAGAGCAUGGUCCACACAGGUAUUCAUCAAGCAGACCCUCCAGCUGUCAGUCAGCUCAAAAGACGCCUACAGACCCUGGAAACCAAGAGGGGCAACAUCUGUGCCCGCCGAGCUUACCUGCGUAACAAAAAGGAUCAGUGCACAGAUGCACAUGAGCAGAAGCACCUGGUGGAAAAACAGAGCUCCAUAGUCUUCAACCAGCAUCACCAGGUCCACCUCAAACGAGAGAAGAAGAAGGAGGAGGAGCAGAGGAGGAAAGAGUGGGUGGACAAGGAGCGGGAGAAAACUCUGAGCCGAUUACGAUCCUUCAGAGAGUGUUUCUCCUUUAACUUUGGUAUUUUUGUAGGAACCAUGGACGAAGUGUUGGCUUCGCUACAGCGUGGACAGAUUAAGCUUCGAAAGGUCCCCGCGGCCAGCACGCCGAGCCCCACUGGGGACGCAAGGAGCAGUCUGAUGUCUGCCAUCCGACAGGGAGUCACCCUGAAGAAGGUGGUUCCUGCACGAGCAGAAGUCCCGAGCGGCGGAGACAACGAGCUGGAGCGCAGCAUCAAGGCCGCCAUGAUGAGGAUGAAGAAGGUGGCGGCUGAUUCGGAUGAGGACGACAGAGGGGACGAAGAGGGACGCAGUGCAGACUGGGAUAGCUGAGAAUGCGUGCGCACUCACGCCGAUGAAGCUGCCGUCUUAUGUUAGCUCCUCUCAGUCUUCCUCACAGUUAUGAGCUUCAGCUCAUUGUUGCCAAUUUUCCAUCGGAAAACAAGAAGAAAAAAAAAAGCUGCUUGUUUGACAAGAACAGGAUUACGCCUCCUCAGACUUAAACGUUGCAGUUUGUUGAA